AUCACUCACGAUAAACAAAAACAUGUUGAUCAGGCAAAUGAAUUUCUAUCAGGGACGAUGAAAAAUAUACAAGUAAACUUGGCAGAAAAACAUACAAGAUUUCAAAAAGUGAACAUUUUAGAGCUCGAAAUAACUAAAAUAAGAGAAGAAAUCGCACGAGAUCGUCAGGAAAUCGAUAAAUUAAAACGAAAUCUUCAAACGCGACGUCAAGUUUUACAAGAUUCUCUCGCCUAUUUUAAAAAGUUUAAAUCUCAUCAACAAGCUUUAAUUACGAAGGACAUUGAUAAUACAAAAGAAAGAAAAGUCUUGAUCGGUGAAAUUGUUUCAUUGUUUGACUUAAAAAGGAUAUCAAGUCAGGAAAAUCAUAAUAUUAGAACUAGAGAGAAUGAUGCCAUGUCAGAGAAUGGCCGUAUAGUAGCAAAUGGUAUUGGUGACGAUGAUUGUGAACAUGCAAUUGCUG